AUGGCUUCGACAGGGAACCCAAAUCAAGCCAUCCCAUUUGAUGUGCAGAGCUUCUUCAAACCCACAGUUUCGAACCCAUCGAAUUCAAACCCUCAGCCGCAAAAUCCUUCCCCAUCACCGUACCCCACGCCUUCUCCUCCCUUCUUUCACCCACAGUAUCACCAAUUCUACAUGCCCCCUUCGUCCCCAACGCGUUCGAAUUACCAAGACGCCAAAUCCCUCUCCUUCCCUUCCCCUCCUUUCAGCCCUUACAAUGCCGGCAACCAAAUUCUCGCCCUGAUCAACUCGUCCCCUCAAAACCCUGAUAUCCCGCCCCAGAAGCAGCCCCCCCAGCUGCAGCCGCCGCCCCAUGCUCGGUUUUUGGGGUCCGGGAGUCCCAAUGUGGGGCCUUCGAGGGUGCAUAGCUGUAAAUUGCCUCGAGGGAGACGGUUAUCAGGCGCUCAGGCGGCGUACGAUAUCGAUACGAGGCUGUCCGGCGAGGAUCAGCCUCAGCUUGAGGUCACUCCGAUUACAAAGUAUGGGUCUGAUCCUCAGCUGGUUUUGGGAAGACAGAUUGGUGUUAAUAAGUCUUAUAUUUGUUAUGGUUUGAAAGGAGGCAGUAUUCGGAUUCUUAAUUUAAACACUGCAUUGAGGUCUUUGUUUCGUGGACACACGCAGAGGAUCACAGACAUGGCUUUCUUUGCUGAGGAUGUUCAUCUUUUGGCUAGUGUGAGUCUAGAGGGAAGGGUAUAUGUUUGGAAGAUAUCUGAAGGUCCGGAUGAGGAGGAUAAGCCACAGAUUACAGGGAAGAUAGUUAUCGCUGUUCAAAUAUUAGGUGACAAGGAAUAUGUACAUCCGCGUGUUUGUUGGCACCGGCACAAACAAGAAGUUUUGGUGGCUGCGAUUGGAAAACACAUUCUGAGAAUUGAUACUAUGAAAGUAGGGAAGAAUGAAGUCUACUCAACUGAUGCACCUUCACCUCUCCAUUGUCCUAUUGACAAGUUGAUCGAUGGGAUUCAGUUGGUUGGUAAACAUGAUGGAGAAGUUACUGAUGUUUCAAUGUGUCAAUGGAUGAUUACCCGUUUAGUUUCUGCUUCUACAGAUGGCACGAUAAAGAUAUGGGAUGACCGCAAAGCAGUGUCACUAACAGUUUUGAGGCCACAUGAUGGCCGACCUGUUUAUUCGGCUACAUUCUUAACUGCACCUCACCGACCUGAUCAUAUAAUACUCAUGACAGGGGGGCCCCUAAAUCAAGAAAUCAAAGUUUGGACUUCAGCAAGUGAAGAGGGUUGGCUACUUCCAAGCAGUACUGAAAAAUGGAUUUGCACCCAGACAUUAGACUUAAAGAGCUCUGCUGUACCUCAAAUGGAGGACGCUUUAUUCAACCAAGUUGUUGCAUUAUCUCAAGCUGGCCUUUUCUUACUUGCAAAUGCUAAAAGAAAUGCUAUAUAUGCCGUGCACAUAGAAUAUGGUUCUUGUCCAGCUGCAUCACACAUGGAUUACAUAGCCGAGUUCAUUGUCACAAUGCCCGUAUUAAGUUUUACUGGGACAAGUGAUCCUCCUGAUGAACAUAUUGUUAAAAUAUAUUGUGUUCAGACACAGGCUAUCCAGCAGUAUGCUUUGGAAUUAUGCCAGUGCAUCCCGCAACCACUGGAAAAUAUUGGCUUAGAGAAUUCAGAUUCAAGCAUUUCACUUGAUGCUGCCAACACUGAAGGCUAUGAUUCUUUUGAUCCAUCUGGAAAUAAACCUUCUGAGUUGCCGCUUUAUACUUCAGUUCCCAAACCAAGUAAACAAGUAAGUAGCUAUGAAAAUUUAAGAGAUGUGAGGUAUACUUCAAGCCCCCGUUCUACCACUGAGGCAAACGCUGUACAAGAGUUGAAUACUUCGAAUAUUGAUCCUAAAUCUGCUUCUGCUUUGGGAUCAGCUGCAAGUGAUGCUGAUAUUGGUUGCAUUGCAUCACAACGAGCAGUUCCUCCUAGUCCUAGGUUGUCCAGGAAGCACUCUGGUUUUCAUAACUAUGACCCAACUUACCAGCUUGGUGACCAUGUUGGAAACCAACUGGUUGUGGAUUUUCCAGUUGACAGACAAAUGGACACUGUUCGAUCGAAUUUAUCUGGUAUGCAAUCAUCAGAAGAUGGUUCAAGGAAUGGUGACAAGAAAAUAAUAUCAGAUGAGAAAUCUAGUGCAUAUAAUCCUCCCAUCAUUUUCAAGCAUCCAACUCAUCUUCUGACCCCUUCCGAGAUAUUAAUGGCUGCAACAUCUUCUGAAAUUACCAAUGUCAAUGAGGGAAAGAGUGAAGGCGAGUUACAUAUUCAAGAUGUGGUUGUCAGUAAUGAUGCAUGCAAUGCUGAGUUGGAGGUAAAAGUGGUGGGUGAAACGAGAUCAUCUCAGAACAAUGAAUUUGGUUCCUACGGAGACCUUCAAAAUCGGAAUUUUGAAAUUAGAGAGAAAUUCUUUUGCUCUCAGGCUUCAGAUCUCGGUAUCCGGAUGUCAAGGGAGAGCUCUGCAAUGUCAAGGGAUGCUUACUUUGUUGAUGAAUCUAGGCAAGCAGAUGGUGUUGGUGCAUCAGGUUCGCAUGUGAAGCCUAAUGUUGGUGAGGAAGAAAACAAUGAUUCCAGAAAAGAUCUGUAUGGAAAGGUCUCAGAAUCAGCGAUGCCUUCUACAUAUCAACAAUCACCGGCACCAAGUGGAAAAGGGAAAAAGAAUAAAGGGAAAAGUUCUCUGGCAUCUGCUCUCUCUUCUCCUUCUUCAAGUGCUUUCAAUUCUGCAGAUUCUUCCACCGAACCAGGAGCAAAUUCCAAUCUCCCCUUAGCAGGUGCUGCAUUUCCUCAAAUUGCGGCUGUGCAAGAUAUGCUUAAUCAGCUAAUUACUACACAAAAGGAAAUGCAGAAAAAAAUGUCAAAUAUUGUGAACGCCCCGGUUACAAGAGAAGGCAAAAGGCUUGAGGCUGCUCUUGGACGGUGCAUUGAGAAAGCCCUUAAGGCCAACACUGAUGCUCUAUGGGCUCGUUUCCAAGAAGAGAACGCGAAAAACGAAAAGAUGCUGCGAGAACAUACACAGCAGAUGACGCGCCUGAUAACCAAUUUUAUGAACAAGGAUUUGGCAGUAAUGUUGGACAAAGUAAUCAAGAAGGAGUUAGCUGGAUUUGGACCUGCUGUAGCUCGUACCAUUACUCCAGCAAUAGAGAAAACUGUAACUUCAGCGAUCAACGAGUCUUUCCAGAAAGGGGUCGGAGAUAAAGCAGUGAAUCAACUAGAAAAAUCUGUUAAUUCAAAACUCGAAGCUAUAGUUGCCAGACAAAUUCAAGCACAGUUUCAAACUUCCGGCAAGCAAGCUCUCCAGGAGGCUUUGAGGACUAGUGUGGAAGCUUUAGCGGUCCCGGCCUUUGAGGUUUCAUGCAAAGCGUUGUUCGAGCAAGUAGACGCUGCAUUUCAAAAAGGGAUGGCUGAGCAUACGAAUGCUGCUCAGCAGCAAUUGGACUCUGCAAAUUCUUCUUUGACAAUUACGUUAAAGGAUGCCAUAAAUUCUGCGUCGUCGAUUGCUAAAACCUUAAGUGGGGAAUUUGCUGAAGGACAAAGGAAAAUUUUAGCCCUUGCAGCUGCUGGAGCUAACGCAAGCGCUGCAACUUCAUUGUCUUCCCAACUCAGCAAUGGACUUUUAGGUUCUCUGCAUGACAAGGUUGUUGUGCCCAUGGAUCCAACGAAAGAGCUAUCGAAAUUAUUAUCGGAAGGCAAAUACGAAGAAGCGUUCACAAUUGCCCUGCAAAGAAGUGACCUCUCCAUUGUUGCUUGGGUUUGUUCACAGGUCGAUCUACGGAUGAUUCUGUCGACCAAUCCUGUUACUUUGAGCCAAGGGGUGCUGCUCUCCCUCUUGCAGCAGUUGGCGUGCGACAUCAACAAGGACACGCCCCGAAAACUCGCAUGGAUGGUAGACGUGGCCACGGCUAUCAACCCGGGCGACCAAAUGAUCGCGGUGCACGUAAGACCAAUCUUUCAGGAAGUCUGCAAGAGAGUGCACGAAAUAAGUAGCUCGACUUUGCUUACGGGUGCCGAACACGCUAGUAUCCGAGCUCUCGUCUAUGUCAUCAACUAUGUUCUAAUGACAUGUAAAUGAUGGAAACAUGAUGAAUGAUUUUGGGGUUGAAGUUUGUACAAGUUCCUGGUUG